UGGACUCACAACAAUCGGUGAUCGCAUGACCACAAGUUUUGUAUUCUGCUGCAGGUUGCCACAUAGCAGACUCUGCUCUAUUCGCGCACUCUCGGCCUCUGAGCAUACGAGCAGAAAUCGUCCGAGCUCCUGAGUCUUGCCCUGGAGCUUCGACACACUUGCAUCGCGCUUGUUGGCCGACCCCCGACGUCGCAUGCCCCAUCCCCACCGCCCGUCCAACAGACCGGCCGAUCACAACAGAGCAGCACCGCCAUGGCAUGGCAAUCGCCGUCGGCCAUGAACGCAGGCGGAGCGAACGGCGGAGACGGCAAUGCGCCGGCAGGGACAGAGUACACGCUGCAGGGCGUGAUGCGUUUCCUGCAACUCGAAUGGCACAACCACGAGCGUGCCCGCAAUGCCUGGGACAUUGAGCGCGCCGAGAUGAAGGCCAAGAUUGCAAAGCAAGAGGGCGAGGUGCGCAGCGCGAAGAAGCUGAACGAUCAGUUGAACAAGCACAUCCGAAUGCUGGAACAUGCCUUGACCAACGAGCGGGCGAAGAACAAGAGCGGCGGCGACGCCCAGACGGCGGACGACAAGAAGGAUGGGAAGGGGAAGAAGAGCGGCUCGAAACCUCAGAACAAGCAUCACAACUCUUUCCUCGACGUCGACCCCGAUUUCCCCGACCGACCAGACGCCGACCGCGAGGGCCUGCGCGAAAAGUCGAAGCUGUACCUGACCAAGUGUGUCGAAGAGAUCACGUAUCUGUUAACACCGCCGCCGCAACCUCCGCCACAGCAGCCCGGUAUGCAUGGCCUAGGCAACGGCGCGGGCUUCCUCAACCACGGCGAUGCUGCCAUGGAGGACAUGUACAUGCAGCAGCACCGCCAGAAGAUGCAGUCGCAGUUACCUACGCUGCCAAACAACUCGAUACCCAACCACCAGCCGCCCGUUACCUCUGAAUACCAAAACCUCGCCCAUCACCCGCAGAUGCACUCUGCCCCUCAGAUGACCCGAGAACCGUCUGGACAACAGCCUCUGCCUCAACAUGCUGGUAUCCCUUCUGAUUUCAUGGGACAACAACACCAACAGCAACAACAAGCUCAGCCUCAAACUCAACAGCAGCAUUUCUCGUCGGUACCCGAGGAACAGGUAGAGAAGGUUACGCAUACAUACGACAACCAUGGACGCCAGGUGCCGAACCGCGAAGACACAAACCAGCCCGCAAACCAGUCGAAUAUUGAUGACACGGAAAGCUGGAACUUCGAAGAGCCCAUCAGCGAGCCACAGGACAGUCUUGCCUCGAGGAGACCAGAUACAGAGAUGUUCCCAAGCGCAAAUCAGAUUCCCCCGAAAUCUCCCCCAAGAAUCGGAAAGGGGCGAAGGGCGAGUACGGACCACAAGCGCAAAGCUAGCAGCGAGCUACAAAAUCAGCAUGCGGUGGCACCGGGUGCAAGAACGGACCCUCAGAGCUUCAAGGUUCGAUUUGCACUGCGAGGCCAUCUUGACGUCGUUCGAACGGUUAUCUUCACUGGUGGCGGUAGCCCUGCUGAGCCGGAGAUUUGUACUGCAGGAGAUGAUGGCAUGAUCAAGAGAUGGAUCAUACCUGCAAGCUACGCCAAUCAACACAGCAUGAGUAAUGAUCUCGACAUCGCCUCCUUCUGGUCACACAGGGGUCAUGAGGGCGCCGUCACGUCUCUGGCGGCCUGUCCUGCUUCUGCGCAUUUCGCAACCGGUGGUCGGGUGUCUGGUGACGGAUGGAUAUUCUCAGGUGGUCAAGAUGCUACUAUACGCGUCUGGGAAAGAGGUCGUGUCGAUCCCAAGGCCACUCUUGACGGCCACAAGGAUGCCGUCUGGACUGUUUGUGUGCUGCCGACGACUUGUGCAUCAGUGUUCGGAGCAGAUUGCAGCAACUACGGUGGCCCAGAUCGCAUACUACUUGCGUCUGGUUCAGCCGAUGGCACUAUCAAGAUCUGGGCAGUCAGUGCGCCACCUCAGUUGGUCUCGCCGCAGACCAAUACGCGACGCGGUGGCAGCCGAAGACAUUCGGUCACAUCAGGUUCGAACUACCCAUCAUCGCCCCAACCAAGUGUCGCAACGUCAACGCCUUUCCACUACAUGUUGGUUCACACCAUCGAGAGGGCGACGCAUCCAUCCCCCACAUGCAUUAGCCCCUUGUCGCUGACUGGAGAGAACUUUGUCGUUUCAUUCACGGAUGCAUCAAUCAUGGUUUACGACACACGAACAGGAGAGGAGCUCAUAUGUAUGGCUAGUAACGAGACUUAUGAUGGCACUCCUGCGACUGGUAUCACAUCCGUGGUUACGAGCUCGCAAAACACCGAGUCUACCGCACAGGAUGCGGCCCGUGGAGAUGAUGAGGCGAUCCAUGGUCCAACAGGAUUGAACAGCGGUGGCGGCCUUGAGGGUGUGAUCAUUAGUGGGCAUGAAGAUCAAUUCAUCCGCUUCUUCGAUGCAAACUCCGGUCAAUGCACAUACAGCAUGCUGGCACACCCCUCCGCCAUCUCUUCCCUCUCCCUCAGCAAGGACGGCCGCGAAGCCGUAUCUGCUGGCCACGAUGCUUCGAUCCGUUUCUGGUCGCUUGACAAGCGCAUCUGCACACAAGAGAUUACCGCUCACCGCAUUAUGCGCGGUGAAGGUGUCUGCAGCGUGGUCUGGAGCCAGGAUGGGCGCCUUGUCGUCUCAGCAGGCGGCGACGGCAUCGUCAAGGUCUUUGCAAGGUAGCAUCUCCGCAGGCCACUAACAAACCCUCCCCUCAGUAACGCGCAAUGACUCUUCAGUGCGUGGGUGAAACACGACCGUAGCGUUUUUGGUCAUUGCAUUUCUAGCUGGAUCAUACCCCGCGCUUUUCUUUGGCCUCCGAACUUGAACGGCAUCAUGUAGCUGCAAUGAUUGAUGGAAUAUGGAUAUGGUAAUUAUACGCACCGGGUCAAGACUUCCCUUUGACCUCUGUUUGAAGUUUGCAUGGGGACUGUGUCAGAUGCAUAGCUCAUAGGCGCCGUCCUUCCGAUUCACUUCAGCUGUACUAUACAUUCGACUAAGACUGUAAGGCAAUGUCAGCCGAGGUCGACUUACUUUUACAUGCACUUCGUCCCAAUCU